CCCGCCCUGCGGCGGCCGCGAGCGUCAAGCGAUCUUCCAGGGCGCUGCAUAACGUUGGCGCCGCUGCUAUCUCUGCGGUUUUCCUCCAGCUCCAUCAUGUGGCGGCGACAGCCGGGCCGCUUCAGACUCGUGGGCUGCGGGGUGGAAGAACUACGGCGCUGCUGGCGGGAGCGGGAGGCAGCACUGCGGAAGGCCCGGAGAGAGCAGCAGCUAGUCAGCAAAAGGCUGCUGAGAGAUGAAGCCCCGGAGGAAGCCGAAGAGGUGGCCGCGAUCCUCGGAGAAGCCGAGAUCCAGCAGUUCCUGCGGCUAGCUCAGCGGGGAACGGAGGGAAAGGAGAGAGAGAAGGCGCUGGUCAGCCUUCGUCAAGGCUUGCAGCACCUCGAAACACAGCAGACUUUCAUCCGGCUGGAAGGCAGUAUGCGGACCCUGAUCGGGCUCCUGACCAGCAACCUAGCCCUGCUGCAGCUUGAGGCGGCUCGGUGCCUGCAUGAGCUCUCUCAUUCUGAGCAGCCUGCAGUGGCUGAGGCCUGCUUGCCAGCCACUUCUUAUCUCCUCACCUACCUCUCUGGUCACAGCUCAGACUUCAUAGAGCUGUGUCUGUAUACGUUGGGUAACCUAAUCGUGGAGAGUGAGGCUGUGAGAAGGCAGCUCCUGCCACAGGGCAUUGUCCCAGCCUUGGCUGCCUGCAUCCAAUCCCCCCAUGUGGCUGUGCUGGAAGCCCUUGGAUAUGCCUUGUCCCAACUUCUGCAGGCUAAGGAAGCUCCAGAGAAGAUCAUUCCAGGUUUGGGUAUGGAUGCUUUCCCACCUGCUAUCAGGAAGAGCAAUGGCCAUCUCACCCUCUGUGGUUCCUACUCAUGGCCGUACUUCUGCUGGCAGCUCCAUUAUGGGCUCCACUCUCCUCCAGCAUAUGCUGCGACUGUUGCAACCUGGUCCAAAGCUGAGCCCUGGGGUCGCUGUGGAGUUUGCCUGGUGCCUUCACUACAUCAUCUGCAGGUCAACAACGCUCUGCUUAUUACCCAUGGGGCUCUGUCCACUCUGGGGUUGCUGCUGUUGGACUUGGCUGGGGCUGUCCAGAGAACUGAGGACGCAGGACUGGAACUACUGGCAUGCCCUGUGCUUCGGUGUCUCAGCAACCUGCUAACAGAGGCAGCGGUGGAGGCUGUGGGAGGGCAAAUACAGCUCGGAGAUGAGCGUGUUGUGGCAGCCAUAUUUAUCCUUCUGCAGUUCUUCCUCCAGAAACAGCCCAGUCUGCUUCCUGAGGGUCUCUGGCUUCUUAACAACCUCACUGCAAACAGUCCUAGUUUCUGUACCUCUCUGCUGUCCCUGGAUCUGAUUGAGCCUCUUUUGCAGCUGUUGCCAGUAUCUAAUGUGGUGAGCGUGUUGGUGCUCACAGUUCUGUGCAACAUUGCAGAGAAAGGUCCUGCUUACUGCCAGCGGCUGUGGCCAGGGCCCCUGCUUCCCUCCUUGCUGGACACACUGGCCUUCUCUGACACUGAAGUAGUAGGCCAGAGUUUGGAGCUGCUGCAGCUGCUAUUCCUCUAUCAGCCGGAGGCAGCCCAGGCCUUCCUGCAGCAGUCAGGGCUGCAGGCCCUGCAAAGGCAUGAGGGGGAAGCUCAGCUCCAGGACCGUGUGCAUGCUCUCCGGGAGACAGCCCUUCGUGGGUGACCUGACUUCUUGAUGUCACUCAACACCCCCCAUUCCAGCUUCCUUACCUACUUUCUCUUAGGAGCCAGUGGAACCCCUUUGGGCAUUCAGAACCAUAAUGAGUUCUCACGUUCUCUGCUCCCA